AUGAGAAUAAAACUCCAGAUUACUGCACAUAUCCUAAGAAUCUUCAUAGAUAUACUAUCAAAGAUUUUAUUAUGUCUACCAGUAAAGUCCAUUAUUGCGUUGAAAAUAGUCUGCAAACAAUGGGACUCGGUAAUCUCAGAUUCUAGUUUUCAAAAAUCAGUUGAAAAGAAGUGUCGGCUUUCGUAUUCUGGAACGUUUAUGCCCAAAUCAUUGUGUUUGACGAAUAGAUUUAAAGAAACAGAACAUAACUUUCUUGACAAAGAUGCUACUAGUAGUGUCCCUUUAAAGACUUGGGUUUUUGGUAAGAGUAAAGAAGGAAUAAAAAUAGAACAGUCGUGCAACGGCCUUCUUCUGUGUAGUAGCAAGAUACCGACGAAUUGUUGGGGUCGUGCGUACUACGUUUAUAACCCGUACACAGGAAAGUAUAAACUCAUACCUCGCAGAUGCGGUUUUUGCUCGGUUGCUUCAGUAAGAUUAGCUUUCGAUCCAUCAAUAUCACCUUAUUAUAAAGUAAUAAGUUUAUGGAGUAGACGAGGUGGCUAUCAAAUUGAUAUUUACUCUUCCCAGACAUCCUCUUCCAAGAAUUGCGGGGAAAAAAUUCGAUUACAGGCUUAUGUUUCAUCUGAAUCAGGUGUCUACUUGAAUGGUUCUUUAAACUGGAUGAGCUCUCAGGGCACUUUAGUUUAUUUUGAAGUUGAUCAAGAAGUAAUCAAGCAUCUUGCAGUGACGACAUACGUAAUUGACGGAGUAAGAAAGAGGGUUUGUUACUUUGAUGUUUGCAGGGGUCACUUGCAAAUGAUUGUGCAAAAUAACCCAGGUGUAGGAAGCUGUUUUGACGUCUUGGAGAUGGAUACCGCGUACACUGGGUGGGAUCUAAAAUAUCGCAUGGAUUUGGAAUCGAGAUUGAAAGUCUUAUACCCUGACCUGGUUGGAGACAGUCUCCAAUGUAGCGUAAUGCUUUACGAUGAAGUGGACACAGAAGGGGAAGGUUCGCCAAAGCUAUUGCUGCUGAUAAAAUGUCCCCUCCUUGUUUUUGGGGUUAUCACGUACGAUAUAAACGAUAUGCAUUUCAGAAGAAUUCAUAGCCUGGAACAACCAUGCAUAUGCAUGUUCCCGGAAAUGCGUGGAGUGCCAUCCCUUCGUCUUUUCCAUUAUACGGGGCGUCUCGCUCGUGUUUGA